ACUUCCCAAACUUGCACAAAUGAUUGUAAGAAUUUAGUAUAUAUAUAGUUCAAUUAAUUUUAAUGGAAAAUAUAAUAAUUCUUCCAAGAAAAUGGAACUCCUGCAAAAGUGGUGGUGCAGUAGUGGCAAUCGCAAUUGCAAUGGCGAUGAUGGCGGGGAGAGUGUUGGGAGGUAAUAAGGUUGAAGAACAAGUGAGGGUUGAAUGUGGGCUCACCAGGUUCCCUGAUUUGUGCAUUCGAGCCCUCGCAGGAAUCGAGGAUCCCAAUGUCGACAUGAUGUCUGCCCUUGUUAAGAAAGCUAUCAUCGAGACCAAGCUGCCGGAAUCCAAUUUCCAGAAACUCACCUCCCAUUUCAUCUCCUCCGAAGCUCAACAGGCCCGAAUCGCCAUGGAUGAUUGCCAGGAGCUGAUGGAAAUGUCGGUCAGGAGGCUGAACCAGGCCCUGGAAGCCUUGCGGAGGUCGCCGGAGAAGUACAAGUCCGACAUCCAGACAUUUCUGAGCGCCGCCAUCACUUUCCACGAGACCUGCAAGGAUUCCGUCAAGGAUCACAUCGCCUCCAACGUCCACCUCGGGGAAAUUUACAGGAAAAUGGAUUUCCUGUCUGAACUCGGCAGCAAUCCCCUCGCCCUAGUUAAUCGAAUCAAUGAAUCCAAUCCGUCGUCGUCGUCGUCGGGACGCAGGGUUUUGGAGGUAGACGACGGGUUUCCUAGCUGGGUGUCGCCGGCGGACAGAAGACUUCUCCAGAGCACGCAGAUAAAGGCCAACGCCGUCGUCGCGAAAGAUGGGAGUGGGAACUUUAAAACGGUGUCGGAAGCCAUUCAGGCCGCCGGCGGUGGCGGGUAUGUGAUCUACGUGAAAGCUGGAACUUACAGUGAAAGAAUUAAUACCAAUAAAGAUGGAAUUACCCUAAUUGGAGAUGGAAAAUACUCCACCAUCAUCACUGGAAGUGGGAGUGUUGGCAAUGGAGCUUCCCUCCGAGGAUCUGCAACUUUCGCGAUUACGGGCGACAGAUUUAUUGCGCGGGACAUUGGAUUCCAGAACUCGGCGGGGCCGUCGGCGGAGCAGGCGGUGGCGCUGACCGUCGUCUCCGAUCAUUCGGUGUUUUUCCGGUGCAGCAUCGCCGGCAAUCAAGACACGCUCUACGCGCAUUCCCUCCGCCAGUUCUACCGCGAGUGCGACAUCUUCGGCACCGUCGACUUCAUAUUCGGCAACGCCGCCGCCGUCUUCCAGAGCUGCACCCUGGCGCUUCGCAGCCCGCGCAGCGGCGGCGCGUACAAUGUCAUCAUGGCCAACGGCAGGACGGACCCGGGGCAGAACACGGGGUUCUCCGUCCACAAUUCUAGAAUCACCGUCGCGUCGGGUUCUUCCUCCGGCAAGAGCUCGUACCUCGGCCGGCCAUGGAAACAGUACUCCCGGGCGGUGGUGAUGCAGUCGAACAUCGACGGCGCGAUCUCGUCUCGGGGAUGGGUCGAGUGGCCCGGCGCCGGAGGGUCCACCUACAAAACGCUGUAUUUUGCGGAGUACCAGAAUAUGGGCGCCGGCGCCGGAACUUCCGGCCGGGUGAAAUGGCCGGGGUUCCACGUCAUCGCGACGCCGGAGGCGAGCAAAUUCACGGUGGCGAAUUUCAUCGGCGGGACUUCGUGGCUACCGUCCACCGGAGUCACUUUCGUCGCCGGGCUGCAGUGAUUUAAUUACCAGACUCAAAAUUAAAAUUGUAUUAUUGAAAAUUAGGUAAGAACGUGACAGAACUUAAAAGCUUGAAAAGUGUAAAAUAUUAAUUACUCUGGGCCAAGUUAGUUAAAGAAUAAUUAGCUAUUCUCAUAAAUAUUUACUUGUAUUUCCGGUCGAUGAAUUAAGAAAAAUACAUACAUAUAUAUAUAUAAAUAAAUAUAUGUUUUUAUUGAAAAUUAUUGAAAUUCCUUUUGUUAUAAAAUUAAAUUGGAUGA